ACGGAUGUUUUUACUGUAACUUAUACAGUAAGUUUAACGUAUAAUCAUGCCUGGCUCUCAAGGAGUCCUUGCUUUGUGCGAAAAUACCACGGAAGUGUUUUUGGACGUCUCUAAAUUGCUCAUUACAUACGCGGACAACAUCCUAAGGAACCCAAAUGAGGAGAAGUACAGAUCAAUUCGUAUUGGAAACCCAACAUUCUCCACCAAGCUUCUGCCUGUAAAAGGAGCAGUUGAAUGUCUCUUUGAGAUGGGAUUUGAGGAGGCUGAAACCCACCUGGUGUUUCCGAGGUCAGCAUCUGUGGAGAAGCUGAGGCAGGUGCGGGAGACGAUCGCUGCUGAGAGAGACCAGAGACUUGGUGCGAGCAAUACUGCGUCCAGUCCACAGAAUGCCAGCGUUCCUCCAGUUCCUGCACCUCCACCAUCACUAUCCUCCACUGCUUCUGCAGGCCCUGCUGCUGCUGCCGUCCCUACACCUGCACCUGCUUCUAUACCAUUCACUUCAAGCAGUGCUACAUUCCAAAGAACAGUACAGUCAAACUUUCAACAUGUGUUAGUGUAUGAGGAUCCUGAAUUACAGCAGAAAGCUCUGGAAUGCAUACCUCAUGAACUGCUCAGGUCCAGGGCUAAAGAACGACUGAAACAAGCCAAUGAUGCAGAUGCAGCAUGCAGUCUAGGUGAAGAAGACAUGUUAGUUCUUGACCUGCUGCAGUGGUUCAAAAGUGACUUCUUUUCCUGGGUGGAUAAUCUGCCAUGUAUACAGUGUGGAGGUAAAACCCAGCCUUCCGGAUCCCUCUCCCCGUCCAGUGAUGACCUGCACUGGGAUGCAGGCCGUGUAGAGAACCACUUUUGUCAUACUUGCCAACUCUCCACUAGAUUCCCAAGGUACAAUAACCCAGAGAAGCUUCUAGAGACCAGGAAAGGACGUUGUGGGGAAUGGGCCAACUGUUUCACCCUGCUCUGCAGAGCCUUAGGCCUUGAAGCCAGAUAUAUCUGGGACAGCACAGAUCACGUGUGGACAGAAGUGUACUCUCAGUCUCAGCGCCGCUGGAUACACUGUGACCCUUGUGAGAAUGCAUGUGAUAAACCCCUCCUGUAUGAAGUUGGCUGGGGCAAGAAACUCUCCUACAUCCUGGCCUUCUCCAAGGAUCAGGUGGCAGAUGUAACGUGGAGAUACUCCUGUAAGCACCCAGAGGUUCUGUCCAGACGCACACAAGUCCAGGAGACGUGGCUGCUUCAUAUGCUUAACAAACUCAACGCUGAGAGGCAGCAGUUUCUAGGAGCAGAGAGAAAGCAGCAGCUGUUGCAAAGGCUGCUGGUGGAGCUGGUGGAGUUUAUUUCUCCUAAAAGUCCUCAACCUGGAGAACUGGGUGGCCGCAUGUCAGGAUCCCUGGCUUGGAGAGCAGCUCGAGGAGAAACUGGUGCAAGCAAUGCUAAAGAGGACACACAGGAAAAUGUCUUCACACCCUCAGAAUCUGAGAAGGAAAGCAAACGCUUCCACAUUUGUUACAAUGUGACCAAAGACUGUUACUACAGAGUGAGCAAUGGCCAAGAGACUAUUCAAGGAUGGCAGAAAGGGGCCUGGAGGACAGAAAACAUGUUCAGGAAAGAAGAGCAUGACUGGCAGAUGGUGUAUCUGGCACGAACAGAGGGCGCUUCCUUUGGGAGGAUGAGCUGGAAGUUCAACUGCGCUCCAGCAGGAAUGAAGAUGAAAUCAGCAUCAGUCCGAGCCUUCAGUCAGACCUUCCAUUCAGGCACUGUGCGUUGGAGUUUAAGUACCAACGAGACCACCACAGAAUUCCCUGGAGAUGGUGAACUGCACUCAUUUUCAAAUGUGUCCGGAGGCACAGAGCUGAUUGUGGAGGCCGAGCUCACUGGAGGAGAUGGCAGCACUUCAUGGCAACACGCUCAGCUCUUCAGACAGAGUUUAAAAGACACAGAGAAAGUUCUAUUUGAAGUGAUGGUUGAGUUGGAAAAGUCUUGAUGAGAGACCGGCAUGUGUGAAUUGAUAUUUCUUGCACGUAUGCUUAUAAAAUGAACUUUCCUAAGGUUUCUUUUAAACGCAACUCUGUAAACAAGUUGUAUUUCCUUUUUUCAAAACUCUGCAUUAAAGGAACAGUUCAC